AUGAACAUGAUUGUACACCAUUAACUUUCAUCAAGUCUCAUUUUAAAUGAAGAAGAGAUGUCAAAUACUUCAAUAGAUCUGCAAUAAGAAAUGCAAGAUUCAGUUCAAUUCGAGAAUAGAGACAAUUUCAACAUACAAUUCAAUAGAUAAUCUAUGAUGCAUGAGAGUACAGAAUUAGGAGACACCAUUAAUAAACAAUUGAUUGAAGAAGAACAAAAAUAGUUGCUACUUAAUCAAAUCACUGAAUUAAGAAUGAAUAAUCAGCAAUUGGUAGAAGAAAUCAAAGAUUUACAUACUGCUGCUGUCGAACACAAUGAGCAUCUUUAAGCAAAGAACACUGAGAUUACAGAAUUGAAAUUGCUCAUUCAUGAACAGAAACAAUAAAACAGAAAAGCAGAUGACACUAUAUAACAACUAAAAUAAUAAAUUUAAGAUUUUGAGUACAAUAUAUUUGAGAAAGAUGAAACCAUGUAAAACUGUUUUAUUAUACUUAAGAGUAGAAUUGGGAGAACAAAUUAAGAAAUUAGAAAUGAAAAAGCAGAAAUUGGAAUUGUCACUAAAGGAGAGUAGAAAUCAUGUUGCUGCUUAAAAGUAUUUUAUAACAAUAAACAUUAUUUAGAUAAUAAAUUAAUAGUUUAUUAUUAAAUUGUUCUCAGAUCAAUAUUGAUGAAAUUAAAACAGAAAUUGAUAAUGAAUAAACUAAACACUUACAAUCAGAAAUGUAAUCCAUCUCAUUUAAAUAGUUAAUUAUUGCAAGAAAGUUAUGAUUAAUUAUUAAAAGAAUAAGAAGAAUCAGAAUUAAAAGAUAAUCAAAAAUAGGAAUAAUAAAAAAAGGACUCCCUUCAAUAUUAACACACACUUGUAGAAUUGUAGUUAUUGAAGCAUACUCUAAAUUAAAAUGCUUAAGAAAUGUUGUAGUAUGAUGAAUUGAUCGAAAAGAAUGAAACAACUAUUUAGUAACUCGAGGAUACCAUCUAAUCAUAAAAUGAAAGAUACGCACAAUUAUAAAAAAAAUUCUACAAAUCCAAGUAAAAAAUAAUAAUUUAUUUUAGAUUAGUAGUUAACGAACUGAAACAUAAGGUAUAAGACUUAAUGCUUUUGUAAUAAAAUGAUAAAGCCAUAAUACUCUAAUAAUAAAAUUAAAUUAAUUAGACUAAGAAGGAUUUGGGUAAAUUUCGAUAUCAGAGGGAUAGUCUAAUCGAAGUUUAAUCUAAAUUGUUGAAAUCUCAGUACAUGGAAGAAGAAAUCCCAAUGAAGUAAUUAUAUAUCUAAGUGUAAGAAAAUAAUUGGAUAUUAAAGUAAAUGAGGUACAAUAACUAAUGAAUGAAUUGACUCAGAAAAAAGAUGAAUUAACUUAAGAAUAGUAAUAACACUUUAAAUCGCAAUAGUAAAUUUUAGAAAUGAAAACAAAUUCAUCUAGUCUUGAAUAGAAAUACAUCAGGUUGGAAGAAGAACUAAGAUCACUUAAUAUGAUUAUCAACUAAUAAGAAAAGUAAAUUAGAGAUUAUACUCAAUAAAAUUAAGAUAUAAAAAGUCAAAAUUUAGAAUUACAUACAAGAAUGUCUUAAUUUGACAAGGAAACUACUUAAAUUAUCAAAUAAUUCAAGUAAAAAUACUAAAUUAUUUUAAAGUUAAGAAAUUUAAAAUUUGAAAAACAAUUAUAAUUUAUAUGAAUAAUCAUAUAAGGAACUAGAGACAAUGAAUCAAGAAUUAAAUGGUCAACUAAAUGAUUAAAGCGAAUUGACUCAAAAAUUUCAGAAAUUAAGGUAUUAAGUUAGAAAUUUAAGUUUUAGUGAGGAGAAUAACUAAUCAAAGAUACUUAUUUCAUAAUUAUAAGAGAAGUUGUUGCUAAUAAAUACAAGAUAAGUUAAGGAGUAAUUUUAACAAACUUAUUUAAAAACUAAAUCAAUCUCCUUAUAGACUGAUCCAAUUGUUGAUAAGCUAGUUAUUUAGAAUGAAGAGGACAAAUUAAGAGAUGUGGAAAAUACAAUUAAUUUUAUUAUCAAUAAUUUGGAUACUAUGAAGGAGAAGAUUAAUUUGAAUCAAACCAAUAUAAACGAAUUAUUAGGUUUUAAAUAAAUAAUCUCUAAUUUGAUUUUAAAACAACAAGGUGGAGUUUAAGAGAAUGAGUAGUGCUAGGAAUCAACCUAAAUUCAUACUCCUAGAUCUAUAGAAAAAAAGGAUAAUAAGGAGAUUGAGUGUCUUAACUAACAAAUUCAUUCUUUAGAACUUUAGUUAUUGGAAAAGGUUUCAAUGAUAAAUGAACUCUAAUUGUAAUUAUAAAAAUAAGAAUAAUAAAUAGAAAAUUUGAAAUUAAAAGAAACUGAAAAGCAUCUUUUGGAUAUUAUUGUUUCAGAUAGGCAAUAAUUAUGUGAAUGCAAAUUAUAAUAGGAAUACAAUAAAUAUGUUACAGACACUCAGAAUUUUGAUCGGAUUAAGCAAUUAGAGAGUCUGAAUAUACAACUUAAAAUAAAGGUACUUAGAUGAUAUUUUUUUGAUAGCUUGAGGCACAAUAGGAGAUAGCCAAGGAAAAUUUACGCUUAAGAAAGAAGAUUGCAACUCUGGAGAAUUAGGAAAUGAAGCAAAGCUCGACUUCCCCCCAGAAAAUCUUUAAUAGCAAGAUGACUCUUAAUACUUUUUAAACUAAUUCUACAUAGAAAUCGAUUGAGAAGAAGAGAAGCCACAUCGGAAACUAAAAUUAUCACUCAUAUUAGAGUAAUCUUAAGUAAUAAUUAAUUGAAUCUGAUACAAUUUAAUCUAAAAGAUAUGUAGAAAUGUUAAAAAAAUGCAUAGAGGAAUAGCAAAUGAAGCUAUAAUAGAGAGAAGAUUUGAUGAAAUAAAGCUUUGUUCUUUUAAAUAAUUUGUCAACAGAUUUAAAAAAAAAAUUAAAUUUAAUUAAUAGCGAAGAUUUAACAAAAAAAAAAUAAGUUAUUACAUUUAUUGAAAAAGUCUAGUUGUAAGUCGAUUUUGUAAUGAAAAGACUUUUAUAAAAUAGAAAUACUGAUUGUGUUUCACCAACUCGAUUAGGGAAAGACUGA